GUGGUAUCGCGACCAAUCAGGAUCAGUGUAGUUUACGUUCAGUGUAGUUGAUAAAUGGUGGAUUUGUGUUUGUCAAGAUAGUUUUGUUUACGCGUUAAUUUUCACUCGGUAUCAACUUCUCGUGCGUUUUGUGUGUGAUAAGAGGUAGAUGAAGGUGCGUAACAGUUCCCUUCAGGUUUCCUAUUAAAUUUGAAAGGUAGGAAAAACAUGGACACGGAGAACUGUACUCUAACGCCAAUGUUUGCCGUGCGCCACAUAUGAACUGUGUAGAGAAGAAUGAUCGUUCAAAUAAAAAAAGAUUUGAGAUGUCCCGCAGUCACAAUGAUAAGUAUGAAAACUCGAAUCCACGCCGUGCACAUACUUUCAUGUCGACAGAGGACGCAAACUCUGGGAAGAAAUCUUAUUGGCCGGAGUUGGAGAUAACAGGCAGUAUAAGAAACUUAAGCCCAAACUUAUGGCAAUUGACUCACCUGACAGCAUUGUAUCUGAACGACAAUAGCUUGCAAAGGAUACCAUGCGAGAUCGGUCAACUGGUCAACUUGCGUACUCUAGAUCUCAGUAGUAACAAAUUGCGCAGUUUGCCAGCAGAGCUGGGGGACCUCAUCUACCUCAGAGAGUUGUUAUUGAACCAAAACUAUCUUCGAGUGUUACCAUACGAACUUGGGAAGUUAUUCCAGUUACAAGUCCUUGGACUGCAGGGGAAUCCCCUUAGCAAGGAAGUAAUGUCGCUGUACGGAGAACCUUCGGGGACGCACAAGCUGCUGUCGUACAUGCUGGACAACUUGCAAGUUACCGCAAAUCAUCCACCCCAGAGACCCUGGAUACCAUUGACGAGGCCAAAUAGGACGAGACCAACAUGUAUAUUCACUGUAAUGUGUUACAACGUGCUGUGCGACAAGUACGCGACGCGACAGAUGUACGGUUAUUGUCCUAGCUGGGCGCUCGAUUGGGAGUAUAGAAAAAAAGGAAUCCUCGACGAGAUACGGCAUUACGCCGCGGACAUCAUCAGCUUGCAGGAAGUCGAGACAGACCAAUUCUACAAUUUUUUCCUGCCGGAGCUCAAGCAGGACGGUUACGAUGGAAUCUUUUCUCCGAAAUCUCGGGCAAAAACCAUGGCAGAGAAUGACCGCAAAUACGUGGAUGGCUGCGCCAUUUUUUAUAGGACGGCAAAAUUUACCUUGAUAAAGGAACACUUAGUCGAAUUCAAUCAGUUGGCAAUGGCGAACGCGGAGGGCUCCGACAACAUGCUGAACAGAGUGAUGCCAAAAGAUAACAUCGGACUUGCCGCCCUCCUCAAGACAAAAGAAGCUGCUUGGGACAAUGGAGUUCCAUCAGAUCCAGCGCAAGUUCAACAGCCAAUCUUAGUCUGCACAGCACACAUUCACUGGGAUCCAGAAUUCUGUGAUGUCAAAUUAAUUCAAACGAUGAUGCUCAGUAACGAACUGCGUUCCAUUCUGGACCAAGCUGGCCAGUCGUUCAGACUCGGUCACAAGACAGACUCUUCCAAUGUUCAAUUGUUACUUUGUGGAGACUUCAAUUCCUUACCUGAUUCUGGUGUAAUUGAAUUCCUCACAUCAGGGAGAGUAGCAGCUGACCACCGUGACUUUAAAGACUUGGCAUACAAAUCAUGUUUGCAGAAGAUCUCCGGAUGCGAUAAGCCUAAUGAGUUCACCCACUCGUUUAAGCUUGCAUCUGCCUAUAGCGAAGACAUCAUGCCCUACACUAACUAUACAUUCGACUUCAAGGGCAUAAUAGACUACAUUUUUUACUCAAAACAGAGUAUGAUACCUUUGGGACUUCUGGGCCCUUUGAGUACAGACUGGUUCAGAGAACACAAAGUGGUCGGUUGUCCACAUCCUCAUGUUCCAUCUGAUCAUUUUCCAUUAUUGGUAGAGCUAGAGAUGACCCCGACAGUAGGCACAAGCAAUGGUUUGAUCUCGAGGAGGUAGCAGCAGCUGCGACCUAGGCCCAAGUAAUGAUAAGAAAAUAAUAAAGAAUAAAGAAAGAACCACCACAUUUUCUCUAACUUCUGGCUUUAGCAAUAUCACUCGCAGUCAACGACUACUCCAAUGGCGAAUCUUUCAAAUACUCCAUGUUAGCGCACAUUCAAGAUAUCAGAUAUCGAUGAAUAAUUCUAACGACCAGGUGAAGGGUGUUGUAAUGCGUUUAGCCCAUGUAUAGUGUAUUGCAUUUUUUAACACU